AUGGGGGUGGGGUCCAAACAUUGUGUGUCGGGGGUGAGGGUGGGGGUCCUAACAUUGUAUGUCGGGGGUGAGGGAGGGAGUCCUACAUUGGGUGUCGGGGGUAAGGGAGGGGGACCUGACAUGUGUGAGGACGGCCGAUUCGGCAAGAACUGUGCUAGUCAAUGUGGCCACUGUGCGAACAACGAGACGUGUAACCACGUGAACGGCACGUGCCACUCAGGCUGUGACGCGGAUCACUUUGGUGACACGUGCACCGAAACCUGUUCACCAGGAAAGUAUGGCCAAGACUGCACACAGAGGUGUGGCAACUGUUCCAGGGGCGUACCCUGUGACAUCGUGAAUGGCACCUGUCCACAGGGAUGUGACCCAGGUUACGAAACCGACAUGUGUAAUACAAUGUGCACCGGUGACUACUUCGGUGUGAACUGCAGUCAAAAGUGUGGACAGUGUGAGACGGAGCCAUGUAAUAAAGUAUCAGGGAAAUGUGAGGAUGGGGAGUGUUACAGCGGCUGGAAGGGAGUCUACUGUAACACCAGUUGCUCAGCGAGGACAUACGGGAAGAACUGUUCGGAGAAGUGUGGUCAGUGUGAGAAAGGGGCAGCGUGUGACCAAAUUCACGGGAGUUGCCCUGGAACUUGCAAGGAUGGUUAUGUUGGAUCUCGCUGCGUUACUGAAUGUAACCCGGGACUUUAUGGACCAGGCUGUUCUUUCCCCUGUGGACAAUGCUUGAACGGCACGGCAUGCUGGCCCACGACAGGACGCUGUGACCACUGUAACAGCGGAUGGUCAGGGGUCGAGUGUCUAGAUCCUUGCUCCAGCGGCUAUUGGGGGAACAACUGUGGCAAUGAGUGUGGGCUGUGCCACUCAUACGUGGAUUGUGACAGGUUUUCCGGACAUUGCCCCAAUGGCUGUGAGGAAAAUUUACCAAUGCCGUUGUGCAUGCCGCCAUAGAGAAUUGUAGAGGUGACAAAACAACCAGAUGUAGUGUUUGGUCGGCGAAAGAAGAAAAAAGUCACAAAAAAUA